AUGGCUACAAUCAUCCCAACCAACAUGGUCAACUCAUCCAAUGGUAGACCACUGUUCAAGAACAUCAAGAACCAAAUCCCAACCAACGUCAUUGCUGGCAAGAAAUCCAUCUCAACAACUACAUCAGUUGUACCAACAACUCCCAAUGCCACCACAAAGAAGUCUGUGUCUGCUACACCAAAGGGAAAGAUAUUGUUUACUCCAUCAUCAAACUCGUUGAGUGUGGCUGCAAAGCAAACCCCAGCAGCAGUACUACCAGUGCCAGUGCCAACUUUUGAACAAGACACCAAUGCUACUCUUCAGGUCGAAGAGUUGGCCGUCCCAAUCUUGUCCCCCGCCGCCCCCGCCGCCGAUGUAUGUGAGCCAUUCAUCCCCAACCCAAAUAAGAUCACCUACUCUGUCGACUUUAUGUUGUCGCUGAGAUCCAAAUGCACUCCGAUGGCCAGGCCUGCCGAGCUCGACCUGAUCAACGAGAUCAUCAUGGCCAAGUCGGCCAUGACCAGUCUCCUCGCGUCGCCAAUGCCAUCGACCCCCAAACCCAACCACAACAACUUCACAAAUGUAGCGCACUCUGCCUACAGCACCUACGGUGCCUCCUACCCAUUGAACUCGCCAGCGCCCAGCCCCUUCAAGGUUGCCUCGUCUGUGCCCAGCAGCCCAUUCGUCAACAUGGCUCCAAUCCCCUUCCAACUCACCAACUCGCGCACACCAAUGCCAUUGCCCCUGCCCAUGCCCCAUCUCUCUGCCGUGCACCCCAUGCCACUGCCCCUGCCAAUGCCCAUGAACAGUACACCAAUUGUCCAUCGCUCAGCCCCUGCCUCUGCGCAAAAGUUGAGAAUGACACCACUGUCAUCGGCCUUUGAUAACUCUGCCGUUGCCGCCCCUACUGCCUCUGCCUCUCAAUCAGACAAGGUGAUCGAUGGUUACCUUGUCCUAGACAUGAAGCUAAAGCAAUUGGAGCAGCAGCAACAGCAGCAGGCCAAGGCCAACAAGACAUCGGCCACCUCAACCAAGGAGGCCAGCGCCACCAAGCCCAUCAAGGAGAUGGACCCAGUUCGUCUGGCUGCCAGACAGCGCCAGAUCGAGAUUGGCAAGAACACUGUCGAGUAUGAGCUCUACUCCAACGCCAUCCCCAAGUCGCUGAGGAGAAAGGACGACCCCAAGACACCCAACAAGAACCAGCAGUGCAGCAAGCGUAGCUUUGACGGCCAGAUCCGCAAGUGGCGUCGUGCCCUCCAUCGUUUCGACCCAAACAGCGGCGAGAUGGUUGCUGACGACGAAGAGGAUGAGGUCGACAUUGACGACGAUGACAUGCCAGCCGAGCCAUCACCAACACCCACCAAGCCAAAGGCCACCAAGUUGAACUUUGACGACAAAGUCCGAUCCAGUGGUUCUCAAGACGAUCAAGUUGUACCAAUGAUGGACAUUCACUCAAUUGGAGAAUGUCCAAGUGUAUAUGACAACAUCUCAAUCGCAAUGAUGAAGGAUAUUUAA